UUCGGCCAUGUUGGGUGUAUGUUACAGCAGGAAUGUGUAUAUCAACAAAGGGAUCGAACAUAAUAUGUGACUUGUGAUCAAUAAAUCCUGGCUGAUUAAUAGACGGUGUUUACAUCAGCAGAAGUAAGAAGUUCUGAAGGACGUGACAAGAACAGAACUACACUAAGCAAAACUAUGGAGAGAUCUUUUAAUAUAAAGACCAAGGAUUCCAACUCUCCAAACUCAAGCAAUCUCUCAGAAUCCUAUAUGUCUACAAAGGAUAUAGUAAACAUAAACUCAAAUUCUUUUGCAUGUAUUGAAUGUGGUAAAUAUUUUGUCGCUAAAGCAGACCUUGUUUCACAUCAGAGAGUGCACACAGGGGGGAAACCUUUCUUAUGUUCUGAAUGUGGGAAAUGUUUCAGUCAGCACUCAGGUCUUGUCACACAUCAAAAAACUCACACAGGAGAGAAAACUUUGUCAUGUACUGAAUGUGGGAAAUGUUUUUUCAUUAAAGCAACACUUGUUGCACAUCUGAGAACUCACACAGGAUUAAAACCAUUCUCAUGUUUUGAAUGUGGGAAAUGUUUUGUCACUAAGGGAGAGCUUGUUAGACACCAGAUAACCCACACUGGAGAGAAACCAUUCUACUGUUCAGAAUGUGGGAAAUGUUUUGGCCUGUACACAAACCUUGUUCGCCAUCAGAGAACUCACACCAAAGAGAAACCUUUCUCAUGCUCUCACUGUGGUAAGUGUUUUGACACUGAAAAACGUCUUGUUACACAUCGGAGAACUCACAAAGGAUUAAAACCAUUCUCAUGUUCUGAAUGUGGGAAAUGUUUUGUCCGUAAAGAAGAGCUUGUAAGACAUUGGAGAACUCACACUGGAGAGAAACCUUUCUCCUGUUCUGAAUGUGGUAAAUGUUUCUUUAGUAAAGGAGAGCUUGUUAGACAUCGGAGAACUCACACUGGAGAGAAACUGUUCUCCUGUUCAGAAUGUUUGAAAUGCUUUAAUUGGCACUCAUAUCUUGUUAAACAUUACAGAAUCCAUACAGGAGAGAAACAUUUCUCAUGUACUGAAUGUGGGAAAAUGUUUAUCACUAAACCAGAGCUUGAAUCACAUCAGAGAACACACACAGGAGUAAAACCAUUCUCAUGCUCUGCAUGUGGUAAGUGUUUUGACACUAAAACACGCCUUGUUCGCCAUGAGAGUACUCACACAGGAGUGAAACCUUUUUCAUGCUCUGAAUGUGGAAAAUGUUUUAGUCUGAACACAAACCUUAUUCGCCAUCAGAGAACUCACACAGGAGCGAAACCCUUUGCAUGCUCUGAAUGUGGGAAAUGUUAUCGCUUUCAGUCAAAUCUUGUUACUCAUCAGAGAUCUCAUACCGGCGAGAAACCUUUCUCAUGUAUUGAAUGUGGGAAAAUGUUUGUUACUAAAGCAGAGCUUGUUUCACAUCAGAGAACACACACAGGAGAGAAACCGUUCUCGUGCUCUGAAUGUGGGAAAUGUUUUAACCAUCGCUCACAUCUUGUUACACAUCAGAGAACUCACACAGGUGAGAAACCUUUCUCAUGCACUGAAUGUGGAAAAUGUUUUAGUCUGAAUGCAAACCUUGUUCGCCAUCAGAGAACUCAUACAGGAGAGAAACCAUUUGCAUGCUCUGAAUGUGGGAAAUGUUAUCGCUUUCAGUCAAAUCUUGUUACACAUCAGAGAACUCACACAGGAGAGAAAGCUUUCUAAUGUACUGAAUGGAAAAUGUUUUGUCACAAAAGCAAGACUUGUUACACAAUAGAGAACUAACACGGGAGAUAAACCAUUUUCAUGUUUCAUAUCUGAAAAGAGACAUGCAACCAUCAAGUUCAGCCUUUUUCAUUAUUGUUUCUGAUGUUGAUCCUAAAGAUGGCAAAAUCCCCAGUCGGAAGUGCUUCCAAUUUAGCAUCAAACAAGAAAAUAAUUCCUUCUUAAACCCAGAAUGGCAGUCAGAUAUAUCCUUGAUUCAAGAAGCUAUUACCCUACCAAAUAAAAAUAUAUCCCUGUAUAUUAUUAUUUUUGCAAGUAUUUAUCUAAUUCAUGUUUAAACAUCUGUAUAGACUCUGACUAAACCUAUUCAGGCAGAGAAUUCCGCAUCCUUAUUUGUUUUACUGUAUAAAAC